AGAGGAGAGGCUAAUUAAGAGGGACAGCAUAGUCCAGCCAAAUCACUUAAGGGACAUUUUUAAGAUAAAGAAUAGACAAAGGAAGGAGGGGAUCGCUAUAACAAUGUACACCUAAAUAGUUUGAAGUACUUUAAAAACAAAAAAAGUACAUUUUUUUGACUCUGACAUCUUGGAAAGUGCAGUUUUAUCCAUUUCAUGUUCUGUACAAAUCCACCUCAACCAGGACAUUGCCUUAAUUUUCCUUUGCAGUGACUUUUUUCCUUUCCUCUGAAUCAAAUAAAACUGCUCUCAAGCUACCAUCAACGAAAAUCUAACCAGCUGCCGGGAACCAGGCUGAUUUGUGAGACCAUUUUCAUUUUCACUCCCCCAUUCUUCUACUUACACCUGAUUUUGGAGGACUAGACAAUCCAUCAAUUACUGUGGUCAAUUUGAAAAUCUUUUUCAUCAAAUUUAUGUCCAACAUGUCCCUCUGGCCUGCACUGUUACUUACAGAAAUUCAAUGAUAAAAACAAUGUAAGAGAAAUCUCUGGAGCAAUCCGCAACACAUCGGGUUGACUCUCAACACAGUGCUGUGCAGAAGUUCUACAUGCUCAUUGUCUUCAGAUUUAUGAAUCUAUACGUACCAUGGCAGAGGUCAUCCCACCAUAACACCUUUACACCAUCACCUUGCUGACAGAGUGAUGGAAAGGGGAUAUAACACAGAGGCUGAGUCUUACUGGAAACAAAAAUAACACAUCAUCUGGAAAACCCGUAAUGUUACCAAGAGAAUAUUGUUAUAUGUAUCUUAAAGUGGUCCUUUAAAAAAAUCUGUUUUUUUUCACAUUGAAAAUAAAACAAGAUUUUCUUAAUGAUAACAUUUUUGAUGAGUAAAUAUGUAAAAUAAACGUCAAGGUUAGUCUUAAUCUGGUCCUACCCUACAAGUUUGUUAUACAUAUGCAGUGUAUAAAUAGAUACUUCAAAUUAUAAUGUAGCAACGAGCAAUGAUAGAUACAUUCACUGAAGUAUACUGAUGUAUAAAUAGAUGGUGAGUCAUAAUCCUGUGACUGAGUGUGCCUCGGUGGAAGAGAAAAAAUAACUUAACAUUCAUUUAAAUUGUCUUUACAUCCGCAACGUUUAGAAAAAUCUAAAGUUCAAAGUCAUCCACGUACAAGUGUGAAAUGGUGAUGAGGGAGUGAGCAAGCUGUUUGUUAUUUGAAAGGAUGGCCUCAAACUGCCAGUAUUGGCCCAUGCACCUGUCAGUACCUGAGGGGGUCAGGCCAAAUGAAAAAUCUGAAUCAGGACUAAGACAAAAAUCUUUUUGUUUUUUUUUGCUAUGGAGACCAGCAGCUUCAAGCCAACCCACUGUCUGAUGGACCAACAUUCAAAUAAUGAUUUUUCUCAAAAUGAUCUGAGAAUAGAUGUUAUGUUAAAGCUUUUUAACACACUCAAUUUUUUUUAUUCAAUUUACUCAAAAGCAACUCAAGACAGAUGUACUCAUAAGCACUCCUUCACUCCGUUACAUGAAAAAUCCAGGAGAGAAAAGCACAGUGCCAAUCGAAAUCAAUCCUUUUUCUAUGUGCAACACAUUGUCCUCACGGGCAAACUGUGACCUUUACCUGCUAUAUGAGUCAAUAAACUGUGAGUGAGAAAGAUGACAUGUGCCAAGGUGGAGUGAAAUAAUGUCAAGAAACAGUGACAUCAGUUUAGCUCAGUGAUUGUGCCACAUGUACAAAGUUUAGUGUCCACAGUCCUGUCUGCCCUCUGCUGCAUGUCGUCCCCAACUCUCUCUAACUGACUCUAUCUGCUGCCCUUUUCUCUGAAUAAAGGCCCGUAGUAAAAGAAUAAAAAUGUCAAAGAAACUCAAAAGACAAGACAAAUCUGAUCUUACGCAAAGAAAAACCUUCCCGAACCUCACUCUGAACGUUGUAUUUGUUAGCAUUUCCAACCUGUCUAGAAAUGUAUUCCUCAAACUGUUUUACCCACAUGGUUGAGCUUUCAUAUCCAAGAUAUUAUUUUGAUAACAUCUUUCUGUUUCAAACCUCAUUAUCAUCAUGAAGUGUAACAUGGUGUAAAAACACUCAUUAGACAUGCCUCACUCUCGCUUGAGAAGUUUUGUUUUCUUUUUACACUCUACUGGGAUUCAAUUUGUGGAUUUUAAGCGUGUGACUGGAAACUAAAACUGUUAUCAAUCUGAGAGGCUUCACUUUUCUGUCAACCAGGUUUAGGGUUUAAAAGCUGGAGUUUGUGGCACACUUGAAAGAAAUUCAUCAGUAAUGGCUUUAUAAUGUGAGGUAACAUUUCACUGUGAUUCUCAGAAGUUCAUUUUUUAGAUCUGGUCUCUUCCAGCAAAAAGAUUUUUAAAGGAACCUUAAAUAAAACUGAAAAUAAAGUUAAAUUUUAAACAAGUAUAAUGAUCUCAAAUAAAGUUUCGCCUGUGUUAGUUGAUAACCAAAAUGAUAAAAACACACUACAGAUAAACAGCACAGACUUAUGCUAGGCAUCAAACUGAGAGCUUUUAUGGACCUUGAUAAAACAAAGAAUAAAGAGACAAUGAGCUGCAUGCAGGAUGAAGGGUAUUGAAUCUAAGGAAGGGUAACGCACUGGUUCCACCUACUGGACAAACACAAACACAAGAGAGAGUGGAGGGUAAAACUGGCAGAUGCAGUCAUCCCAUCAAAAUACAACCACAUCUUACCAAGUUUAAUUCAUACGCAGUCAAUAAUUCGGUAAAACUUUACUUGACACCUAUCUCUAUAACUCAAAUAUAAAUAUAUGUAUAAUGUGAUAUAAUCACGUUAUAGCACUGUAUAAGUAUAGUUAUAAACACUUAUAAAUGAUCAUAAUACUUUAUAGCUAUAAUCAUAACACAUUAUGAAGCAUUUUAUCAUGACUUACAAGGUCAGGAUUAUAAUGUGUUAUGCUUAUUGUUAUGAAGCUUUAUGGUCAUUAAUGAGUGUUUAUAAUGAUAGUUAUACAAGUUAAUAAGCAAAUUAUAACACAUCAUAAAUAUAUGUUUAAUGCAUUAUCUAUGUGGGCAUUGGCAGUGAGUUGUUAACAUAUAUAACUCAUUAUAAUACCUGACCUUGUAAGUCAUGAUAAAAUGAUUUAUAACGUGUUAUGAUUAUUGCUAUAAAGCAUUAUGAUCAUUUAUGAGUGUGUAUAACUAUAGUUAUACAGUGCUAUAUCAUGAUUAUAACGCAUCACACAUAUAUUUAUAUUUGCGUUAUAGAGAUAGGCGUCAAGUAAAUUAUUACCAAUAAUUCUUUAUGUGUCUACUUAAAAAAGGGCAUAAUAGAAGUCAUCAAUGUAACUCUCCACUGAGCAUCAACAAACCAAAAUGAGACCACAAGAUACCUUUCACAUUAGCUUCAUCCAGGGAAUUAACAAUCGUCACCUUUCACUCGACUUAAACAAGUAAAUAAAUCAGACUGAUGGUUUAGAAAAUUGCUUCUGCUCAAUAUUAAAAAAAACAUCAGCCUGCCGUCGAGGGUUAAUGACAUGAUUCUUUGUAUAUUUGGAGAGCUAAUUUGCUCUUUAUCGCCACACUACAGUGACCUGUAAACAUUUCACAAUAAACUGAUUUUAGUCUCUGCUUGCUUCUGUUGGUCUUUUGUGUACAAAGUUGUUGUGCUUUUAUGUUGACAUGUUGUGUAUAGAUUUGUAUCAGAUUAUACCAGAUAUGAAAAGUUAUUAAUAUUUUUCAGAGAAAUGCCAUUAAUCCAAAUCUGUACUGACAGAAAAAAAUAGAAAAAGGUUCAUUCACAUAAUGUGGAGCUGCUGUUUAAUGCCAAAUAGAUUAUAAUUGUGGUAAACAGUGCCUUCCAGUGGCGGCAUCUAAGUUCUACAUGCAUAUAAGAGUGAGUACCCAGCACAUGUGGAACUAGAGAGUUUGAUAAAUGACAGAAUGUACUGUUCUACUUCUGUGGAUCAUCGCAUGAACUCUUAUAUUUAGGUUUAACACUGCCAUCCAGUGGUCAGAAAUGCCACACUUAUAUCAAGACCAGAGACAAACAUCAAGUAAAUGUUGUGCUUGCUUAGACAUCAUAACAGUCACUGACCCCAACUUCACAUUUCUGCGCUGGCUCCCAGCUCAGCAGACAUCACCACUCCAACAGCCCAGCGUCUGAUCACUCUCACCCCGAGGCUCCAGCAGCACUCGAAGACAUGUGGUGUGAAUUAGAGUUUGAGCAGCACUGUGGAUCCAAAAGGAGCUGGUUUUGUUCAAUGCAUACCAUCAUCCAUCAAACAUUAAGAUCUUUGAAUACCAAUAAAGCUGGCAGAAUCUUGUUUGACUGAAUUCAUUUUUAAAAAAGUAUCAAUUUUUAGUCUUUACGAUCUCUGUGGAAAAAAAAGUUUGUUCUUGUAACACAAAAUGGAGUGACAAAGUGAAUCAGAGUUACAAUCCAGCUGAUUUGCAAAAAUCUGUGUGAUUAGUCCUGAUGACUUCCACACUUUUAGGAACUUCUGUUUCUAAAUGUUAAUAAGAUGCAAAUUAACAUCUGAGUAAAGUGAAGUCAAAGCGAACUGAGCCCACCCUGCUCAAAGUUGACCCUGAAGGCAUGAAAGUGAUUGGUUUUCUCUGCCCCUGAGCCAUAACCCCCAUCAACUACUCUGGGAUAUUCACAUGCUGCAGGUUUUAUAAAACAGUAAAAGGUGAACGAAACAGCUCUGGGAAGAUUUACUCAAGCCUGACGGUGCAUUAAAUGCACCACUUAUGCCAACAUACUCUUAUAAACAAUGUUAACAUGCUCAAGUUUAGCAUGCACUGGUAGUAUAUGUUCACGUCUACACAGCAUAAUAGCAUGUCGACUAUAUUGCCAUUUUACACAAUGCUGGAGAGGCUGAGACGAAAAAAAUAACACCAGUUUUGCAGUUCAUAAACCAAAGAUGAAAACAUCUAGAGGUUGACCUGCUGAUGAUGGCGCAUAUAAGACACACCUCUCAUGACAUUCAAAAUCAAGACAACACAUGUAAAAUGGUUGAGAUGCCAAUACAAUCUAUCAUAAAGCACUAACAAGGUUCAAGGCAAAUAUCCACAGUUUUUAACUGUAGGGAGUACCAUGGAUAAAGCCAGGGACCGUCAGAUUCUGUUGGUUUCAGGCCCUAAAUCUGUAUAUCAGAUCAUAAGAAUCAAAAGUCUUUCAGAUAUUUCAGUCUUGACCUAAGUUAUGGACCAGCCAACAAACCAACAUGUCUAUCCUUUAAGUCUCAAAGAACCGUCAUAGCCUCUGGGGCUCCAGACAGUUUUAGGAACUGUUGGAGAAGUCUAGAGUAAUCAUGUUAGAGAGUUUAGGAUAUGUGGACUCGAGAUUUCCUUUCCUGUGUGCUGCAUAUUGUUUAUGAUGUGGAUGGGGGAAUAGAGAUGAGAAACAGUCGCGUUGAGUUCAUUGUUUUCUUCCCUCAUACACAAAUUGUUGUAACGAUUAAGAAAAAUCCACUAUGUAGAUGAUAUCUGAUGAGUUCUGAGAUUACAUUCAAACAAUGAACUUCACCUUACUCUCUUCCUACAAACUGAUUUUUUUCCAGGAACACAAUUUAAUUUAGUUUCUCUGACAAAACAGAACAAAAUUCUCAUCCUAAGCAUACUCACUCAUGAAGACACUGUAUGUGUAUUUAUAGAUCCUACUAUCCUUCUCCUACCUCCCAAGAUUUUAGCACGUUAAUUCAGAAAACAGGGCACAUUAUCACAGAUGUCACCCUCUGUACAUGUGGAAGAUACUGAAGAUAUCCGUUCUUUAUGGUAAUUACAACACCGGCAGCUGUGUCCCAAAUCAGACAUCCACUCCAGCUGUCAGCCCCUCCCUCCCACAGGACAUGCCGGGGCGGCAGUCUCAUGUUGACCGAUAAUGAGGGGUGAAAUUACCUGUACAAUUAGCCUAUUUCAUGUGAGUCAAACCGAGCUCCAAGACAUGGCUGACAGAUUCAGAUCAGCUCCUGAUUAGCCCUCAUGGCUUGCAAAGAAGGAAAUGGACAUCUGUUUGGAGUAUUUGCUGCUUGCAAGGGUGUAAUUGCUUAAGGGUGAGGUAUUUCCAUACAGUUUAGUGUGAGUCAGUGGAAAGGGAAGCCUUACUGUGGGAUUAGAAGACUUCAGAAAUCACAAGUGGAAGACAACUGCUAUUCUGCACUAUAAAUCUUUGGAGAAUAUUUGGAUGCACAAAUGGUUUUUGCAUGUUCUGAAAUCGUGAAGUUAUUACAAUACAAUGAGACAAACAUGUGUGCACACUGACAUGAACAUGAUUCAUCAUGAAACAUUACACUUCAAGGGUGCAUAGCUGUGCAUGUUUACACAUUUGUGUGCAUUGUAGAUAUGCAUACAGAUAAUGUAUUUCACAUCUACCCUGUAAACUUAUCGGCUUCGGAUGUAGAUUAAUUUUAGUCAAGUCAAAGAGGACAAACAGCAGCAUGUCUUUAUGGAAUCAUUUUGCUUUUGUGUAGCGGAGCAGUGGCACAUCUUAUAUUGCAGCAACACUAUACUGUAAUUUGUUUAUCUCCUUUUCCAAAUGAGUUGCUUCUUAAUCUUUGUGGAGUUUAUCAUCAUGUCACAUUUACACUAUUUGUUCUGCUUCUUCUUAACAUAAAGUCGUAACGCAUUACAGCUUUGUGAGCACAGUUAGUUGUCUUGUGGUUCAGACUAAAGUGAAAUAAACAACUUUUGACUACUCCAGAGGGAGAGCACUCAGGCACAGAUCACUCCGGCUCAUCUACACUCUGGUUUCAAUCAUGAAACACAGUCUCAUCCACAUUUGCCUCGUGAUGUUUGAGGGAGGAAAAAAAUAAGAGACAUAGACAGGGUUUUAGACGUACUGGUACGGAUCAGAUCAAGUAUGGAGGAGAGAGACAGAUGCUGAGGACUGGAAAUACUUUUUUUCGAACACUUCUUAUAGCGUGUUUACAAUCUCAGUUUCCAAAGAAGGUUUGCCGUUGAUAAAUUACUUACACUGUGUGCCAUCUAAUAUAAGAGAGCAUUUUUUAACCAAAUCUGAAAGCCUUAGACAGUGAAAAUCAGACAAUCUUGGCUGCGUUAGAGUGUCACAUAUAUGAUCAUGUGUGUACGUGUUAAGUGUUUUUGCACUUCUGAAGCCCCUGGAUCUGUACAUGUCUGCAAGUUGUGCUAACAGAUAUUCAUUAAAGAAUUUAUAACUUGGAUUAUGUAACCAAAGCAAUGCUUCCUAUUGGCAGGACUCCACAAGUUCAAUAUCCAGCUCCUGUAAUAGAUAUUAAUUCAACUCCCCUUGAUGAUUUCAAGGUGAUAACUACGAGCUCAUUCUCUUGAGUCUAUUCAGUCUGUUUCAGCUGGCUGAUCAGAGACACGUUUCCCAUCCAAUAUCAACCUCACUUGUGAAGCAGGUUGGGGAAAGUGGCAUGUUGUUAGUGGAAAGUGUGAAACUUUCUCUCUCCCUCUCAGCCAUCUGAGUACACAGACAUAACAUGACUUCUCCACCCUCACCAACUCUGAACCAGGAGUUCAAUAAGUCAUUCGGGCUCCAUCCGUCAGUGUAGUCUGCAUGGGUGGAGAGAGGACGGGGCAGAGGAUACUCCAGUUGAACGUCAGCACCACUCCCAGACCCCAUCUCUGGUGUUAGAGCUGUACUCUCAACAGCUCAGUCAGGUCUGAUGAACAGAAGUGACUGCAUUGUGUGCACUGAAUACAAACCAGGGUGACGGAUUGUUUGACUGGGCUCUGUUGGUCUUGCAGGCGUCGUUGGAUUUAUUUUCUAUCUAAAAAGAAAAGAAAAAAACUUCAGAGGAAAGCCUGGGCUUCGUGUUUUACGCGUCUACCUUUGGUUUGGAUGAUGCGCCACGGCCACGCUGCACACUGUCGCCAGCUGGUAAACGAGUGAUAGCUUGUGGUUUACGGUACGGUAAGCAACACCACAGGAGAUCAAGACCAUUUCUCGUGGCAGCAACCAGACGUAAAGAGUGUGCCCCAGCUUUUCCUCCCAAACUGGUGAACGUCGUAGCUAUGCUGUCUAUCGCGUUUGACAGAUGAUACCUGUUGAUUCCACGUCGCGCCAUGUUCUUCUGUCGGACCAAAGUGGACAAUGAAGUUAUGGGAUAGUUUUACCACUUGUUUGAUACUGCUGAGCACCGCCGUGCACGCCAGUUCGCGUCCCUGGUCCACCAAGAGGAGAGGGCGCGCCGCUGAGAGUCCACUGGAGCUCCCGCCUGUUCAGAUCCGCCUGUCAGUCACUUCCCCGGGCAUCAGCAACGCUCAGGCGGAUACAGCAGACUGGGGGGAGACGGUGGCUGAAGGUGAAAAAGGUACAAAACUGUCCCUCUUUAUGGUCUGCUAGGGGCUGCCAAAAUGACCACUGUAGUUUAUAAGUGCUUUGGCUGAAUUUGAACGUGAUGUGAAGUGAUCCGUUAUUAACAUAUUUAUAUUAAAGUCUCUACUAACCUUCUCCUUUUUAGUUUAACUUUUUGCAACACGCCUCUUACCCUUGACCACAAUUCAAUGAUAAAUACCACAAAGGAUUUCUUCUGUUGAUUUUUAAAUUCAUAACAUGCUAACAUUAGACUGAAAUCCCCUUUUCACAAUCAGCUAAUAAAGAUGUAAUCCGUUAACAUUGAUGUUUUGGUCCGGCCUUCAGUCUUCGAAUUAUGGUGGCUGAGAACUGCCACUGCUGCUGCUGCUGCUGCAAAAAAAAAAGCUUAAAAAAAAAAACCAAAAACCAAAGCAUGCUGCAGAUGAAAAAGAGGCAGUUAACAUCGCAAAAAAAAGUGGUGAUGCAAACAAACAAAAGUUACUGCGAAAAUAAAAAGGAUGCAAAUAAAAAAAAAGCCACAACGGAAGUGAGCUGCUGGGGACCAAUAAUGAUGAUGCACCGGUGUUUUACAAUCUGGGCACAGAAGACGAUGGCGAGAAGAUGAGCAAAGAAGUUAGCGGAAAGGUUAUUAUUUAAUUUCAAUUUGUGUGCUUCUCAAUGUGUCAUUUUGUUAGUCCAUGUAGCACCUGAGUCGAUAUGAAGUUGAUCUGGAGGAUGCCAGUGUAGCGUUAGCUUCAGUUCCACUUAAUAUCGACUCAGGCGCUACAUGGCCUAUCAAAAUGACUCGUUGAAAAGGACACAAAGUGAAAUUAAACAAUAACCUUUCUAACAACCUUUUUUUCAUCACCCCCUUUUUUUUUGCGUCGUUAACUUCCGUUGUGGCUUUUUUAUCUGCGCCAUUUCUUUUUUUUUUUUUUUUUUGCUACGGGCUUCAGUUUCAUUUUUUUGCAUCAGUGAUUUCCGUUGUGACUUCUUUCUUUUCCCCAUUCUUUUUUUAUUUGCAGCAGUGGCGGUUCUCAACCAUUGUAUAGACUCAAUCAUAUGUCAUUUUUAUCAAAGCAAGUGCACAACUAAGUAGGUUGUAGAUUAAUUUUUAUAUGAUCCAGUGAUUGAUUUAUGAUUUUAGCAUUGUAUUAUAUGCUACUGGACUAGAUAUUUGCUGCAUACUAUUGCUCUAAUGCUACCAGUGAGCUCAAACAUCUAUCCUACCAUUGCAGAAAUAAGUAUGGGAUCCAUUUGUUGCUUGGAUGAAUCAGUCCAAAACAAAUUCCUCCACGGAGUAAAAAAUAUGCACCAUUUCCACAUAUCUGACAUAACACUCCAUUGUCCAAGAGUCGGUUUGAGGUGUUAAAGUGAAACAACAUGUGCUUGCAUAUAUGUACGUGUAAGAGUGCCAUGUCUCCUAAUUCGUUUCAGACAUCAUGGAGGAGCCCCCAUUGAAGGAAUAUGAGGAGGUGGUAGACUUCAUCAAAGUGACCAUUAGUCGGAUACGCCGCUCACCUCCAUCCACCAAAUUACCAUCUACCUCUCUGUACACCACCCUCUCUCCCUCCAAAGUGGACUUGACAAGCAGGACUCGACACCGGAGGGAGAGGAAGAAGGCAGCAAACCAGCAAAGCAGGACGGGAGGAAGACUGGGGAUGACAGUGGGGGUGACAGGGAGGAAGGUCAGAGGGGGAAGAGCUAAUGGCAGGGGGCAGGGCUGUGUGCUCAAACAGAUCCACCUCAAUGUGUCUGACCUCGGACUGGGCUAUCGUUCCAGUGAGGAAAUGAUUUUCAGGUACUGCUCUGGACCCUGCAGGAAGUCUGAGACAAACUAUGACAAAAUCCUUCAUAAUCUUGCUCACAAAAGAAGGCUCCCCCCCAGAGACACGCCCCCUCAGGCCUGCUGUCGACCAAUUUCGUUUGAUGACGACCUCUCGUUUCUUGAUGACAACCUGAUCUACCACACCGUGAGGAAGCACUCUGCCAGGAAAUGUGGUUGUGUGUGAGCUGGUGGCGAUAUUUUUUUUCGUAGGUAGGGGAAGGUCCCGCCUUCUUCACCUCUGAUUGGCUAGAAAACCUGGAAACGUCAUCACAUGCUCAAGCCGAGCGCGGGCUGUCAGCUCUGUACAUCGAACAGAACAUAACCGAACAUUAUCGCACUUCUAAAUCUCCUAAUCCUAACCCGACGGCCAAUGACGUUUCACAGCCAUAAGGAGUAACCAAUCGGAGCUCAGCACUACUAGCCAAUCAGAGGCAAAGGAGGGCGGAACCUUCCCCUUCUAUCCUACAAAAAAAAUUUCAUGAGCUGGUGUGAGGUACUGUGUGAACACAUGUUCACUCUGACUUUCAUGUAUUGUGUUGAGUUUUUUUUACUCCUAAUAUUUCUCUGCUUGGAAACUCUGUGGUAUUUUGUGUGGAGCCAUGUUUGUCCUGUGUCCAUCAGUCAAAGAGUGAAGAUAAGGAGGGGAGGUGGUAUCCAUACAGUUUUACCAGAAGUGAAAUUAUUUGUCAUGAUCUGACUUUUCCAGAUAUGGUGGCUUUAUUAUCAAAGAUCUUCAACACCUUACAGUUCUUCUGUGAUCCGUCAAUGGCUGAAUAACCAGACUCAUUUGGCCCUUUAUCGAGCACAUUUAUAUGGAAUGUAAUAUACAUAUAUGACAUGUAUUUAUGAAAUCCUGAAUUAAUUAACUUAUUCAUAUUUAUUUUGUUGUUUUUUUAAUAAAAGUAUUUAUUACAAUGAUGUGAUAUCUCAGAUGGUGUUUAAUGCACAUUAUUUUAUAAUUGAUUUUUUCAGUAUGGAAUUAUAAAAGUCGAAGUGGUUUACAUUACAAAAAGUGCCCUGACAGUGUUUGGCGUCUCCUCAAACUGACUUUGUGUGUCUUAGAGAUAAAAAAUUAUUUCAAAUUAAUCUGUUUUAUUCUUAAAAAUUUGCAGAUCUGAAUUUGAAAAAAAAAAAGCACUAUGUCUACAUUAUGGCGAGCAUGCAGGUCUGUGUGCAGCACCAGUGUACAACAUGAGACCCACCCUGAAAGUAUGACUCAUGAAUAGAGCUGCGAGUGCUCUAAAUCUUUCCAGCAUUGCAAUGCUCAGUUGGCUCGAUGGUUUCCUUGUAAUGAUUCAGUAUUGUCAUCAGUUAAAACACAUUGUGUGCUGACUCUUGGCCUAAGAAAUCUGGUGAUUAGAUUUUCUAAUAAAACAAUUAUUAUGUCAGUUUGCAGUUGUUAUGCAGCUUGCAGUAUUUUUUAUCCCUUUUACCCCUACAGACCAUAUUGGAAUG